AGGAAAAGAGACUUGAAGGAGAGAGAGUGAGAAUGAAAGAUAGCUUGAAUAAAGAGAAUAGUAAUGACCGGGAAUUUGUAAACACAAAGUCUCUGGUUUAGGUUUUAAAAUAUUCUUCUCCAUUUUUAUUGUUUUUUUUUAUAAAUUAAUAAUCUUUAACAAUGUUUAGUUAAUAACACUUUAAUAUGUGAUUUUGUGUUGUCCUGUAUAUUGGAAAAAUGGAGAAAGGAUUUAUUGCUGGCCAAAGAGAAGAACCUAUUGAACUGGAUUCAAAUUUGGACACCAGAAUAGCUGAAAACAAUGUCAGCAGCUGCAGCAACAUCAGCAUUUGUGUUGGAGAUGAUGCUAUUAAUUCCAAUGGUAUCGAUGGUCUCAAGUCUACUAAUUUAUGCUCUUCAUCAACUCAAACACCAAUGCUAAUACUACCUGAAUCACCAUCAACAUCUUCCUCGUCCAUAGUAUCUUCAUUGUCUUCUCCUUCAUUGGUAUCCCAAAAUUGGAGAAAGAAAGUGAUUUCAGAGUUUAACAAAAUCAGAGCAAGGAAACGAUUCCGCUAUAAAGAUACCUUAAAAGCAUCUUAUGCAAAUAAUCGUAAAUAUUUAGAGCAACUAUUAAACGCCAAUAAGGAUUCUGAUAGAGCUGUUUCAGUUAAUUAUAAAUUUGGUGAAUACUGUCCAAAUGAUUUGCCCUCCAAACGAGCUUAUUUAAAGUGUGAAUCUACCAAAGUUAACCAAAAAUGCUUCAUCAAAACAUUUUAUUCUGUAACUUCUAUUCCUCCAAUGUGCACUUGGGCACCUAUUCAACAAAAUUUUCUGGUCGAAGAUGAAACUGAGCUUCACAAUAUUCCUUAUAUGGGUGAUGAAGUUGAACAGGGAUUUAUUGAAGAGCUGCUAAAAAAUUAUGAUGGUAAAGUCCAUGGUAUAAAGGAACUCAAUGCUUAUGAAGAUGAAAUUUUUGUAGAAGUUGUUGAAUCUCUAAGCAAAUCAGAAUUGUUAAAGGAUCAACAUAGACCAAAUAGUGAACCUGAGCCCCUUAUUUCUACUACAGACUUAAAUGACUCAAAUGUCUCAGCAGAAUCUAUUGUCAAGACUGGUACGAAUGUGAAGUGUCAUAUUCCAUUUUUAAUAUUUGAGGCCAUCUAUUCUGCUUAUCCCGAUAAAGGAACUCCGAAAGAAUUGGAAGAAAGAUACCUGAAUCUAAUUGCUAAAAGAAAUGUUAUAAUUCCUGGUCAUAUUGAAUUCACGCCUAACAUAGAUGGACCUCAUGCUUCAUCAGCCUCUCGUGAGCAAACAAUGCAUUCAUUUCAUACCCUUUUCUGCCGCCGAUGUUACAAAUAUGAUUGUUUUCUUCAUCAUAAUUAUACAAAGCCACAGCCCAAACCUUCGGAUAUCAAACCAGCUUUUGAACCCUGUGGACCUGACUGUUACCUUCAUAUGGAUGGUAUGAGAUUAAAAAUUAAGCAAGAAAAACAAGAUGGUGAAAUACUUAUUCAGGAGACGAAGAAAUUAUCUUAUUGUAAUGCCAGUAGUGGUAAUGAUGCAAGUAGUGAGGACAGUAAUGAUAGUUUGAAAACGCAUCAAUUUGGUAAACAUCAUCACUCUCAUCAUACAAAGCAUCACAAGAAUCGAAAUAUAUCUUCAAACUUUAUAACCAGAACUCCACAUGAUCAAAUGAAAGAAUGGAAAACCAAGUCAAAUAAAAGCCAAGCACGAGAUGAUAUUCAUCAUCAAAUUUCAACUAAUAAUCAACUUUACCUCACAAAUCACGACAUCCAUUUCCCUUUACCCCUUCAACCACCAGUCUCAGAAGAUGAGACAGACUCUCGAACUGAAAUUAACCAAGAAAAUAUGUCUCAACUUGAAGAAACUAGUGAUAAUUCAAAUUGUGAUGAAUGGACGGGUUCUGAAAAAUCAUUGUUCCGUGUUCUAUGGAAAAGCUUCUAUCGUAACUAUUGUGCUGUAGCGGAAGCUUUAUACACCAAAACUUGUAAGCAAGUUUACUUUUUCGCUCAGCAAGAACUCUCAUAUGGUGGACUAGAAGAAAUCGAUUUAACUUUUUCUCCGCCUCGUAAAAAGAAGAAAAAAAAUAGAUAUUGGGCUUUGCAACAUCGAAAAUUACACCAAAAGAAAGAUGGAUUAGCCAAUAGUGUUUACAAUUAUAUUCCUUGUGAUCAUCCUGGUCAACCUUGUGACCUUAACUGUAUCUGUGUAUCAACAAACAAUUUUUGUGAAAAAUAUUGUAACUGUAGCCCUGAAUGUCCACAAAGAUUUCCUGGAUGUCGAUGUAAAGCUCAAUGCGCUACAAAGCAGUGUGCAUGUUAUCUAGCCGUUCGAGAAUGUGAUCCUGAUCUUUGUCAAACCUGUGGUUCUCACCAAGAGGAUAUUAAACAAAUCACUUGUCAAAAUGUUUCAAUUCAAAGAGGAUUAAAGAAACACUUGCUUCUUGCUCCAUCAGAUGUUGUUGGCUGGGGAAUUUUUCUCAGAGAUUAUGCAGCCAAAAAUGAAUUUAUCUCCGAAUAUUGUGGUGAAAUAAUAUCUCAAGAUGAAGCUGAUCGCCGAGGUAAAGUCUAUGAUAAGCACAAAUGUAGUUUCUUAUUUAACCUCAACAACGAUUAUGUGGUUGAUGCUACUCGAAAGGGUAAUAAAAUUAGGUUUGCUAAUCAUUCAGUUAACCCUAAUUGCUACGCCAAAGUAUUAAUGGUCAAUGGUGAUCAUCGUAUUGGUAUUUUUGCUCGUAGACAAAUUCAGCCUGGAGAAGAGCUUUUCUUUGAUUAUCGAUAUGGCCUGACAGAACAACUUAAAUUUGUUGGCAUUGAACGUGAAAGUGAUUGUCCAAAUUAACAUCAUAGGUCCUUAAUUGUUCAAAAUGAAUCAACUAUCAUGUUUUAUUAAUUUAUUUAAAAUAAUUACAGGGUUUCCAGUCAGAUAGAAACACAAUUCAAGACACUUUUUCCACCAUCAAUUGAAAAACCUCUUAAAACUAGAUUUUUGUAAAAUCAGUUUUGCUCUCACUUCCAAAUCAAUUAAAAACUUCUCGUGUUGACUGUAACAGUACAAAUAAAAUGCAACACAGAAAUCACAAUAGCAUGUUGUAAUAUUCAAGUUGGAACUCAGAGACUGUUAAAUUAAAUUUGUUCAGUUUGGAACAAAAUCUGUUCUUUUAUGAAGCAAAAGAAACUUGCCAUGACUUUACCAGUUUUGCUGGUACUUACCACCAAUAUUUAUUAAAUAACGAACCAAAAAAAGAACAGAGAAAAUCUCUCAAUUGCACACUCAUUCACCGAUAAAAUAUUGUUCCUUUUCUUCUUUUCUUUACCUUGUCUACGUCAUUUCUAUGUUUCUAAUUUAAUUUUAAAUUGUACCAAUUGCUUCCUAAUAUUUAUAGUUAACUAGUUCUCAAUUCAUUGUGUUCUAAAAUAUUGUAACUAUAUUACCCUUAAAUUAUUCUGUAUUUGUUUUGAUCCACGACUUGUAUCUAAUAAUCAAUUUUUCAUCAUUUUCAUACUGA